AUCAAAAUGGCGGACGGGAAGAAAAAAUGCGCUCUUAGUAUUAGUGGUUCAAAAUUAAAUAUUUAAUCCUAAAAUGAAAUUUUAUGUGCUUARUUGUUUGCGUAUGAGCUACAGAGCAUACUCUUCGCAUGCAAAGGAGGUGUCAAUCUAUCUCUCUGUAAGCCAUGAUCCAUUUGAAAACUUAGCUUUUGAAGAUUGGGUCUAUGAAAAGGUGGAUUUAGCACAAAAAAGAAUUCUUUUUCUUUGGAGAAACAAGCCAACGAUUGUAAUUGGUAGACACCAGAAUCCAUGGCUUGAAUGUAAUCUUAAGAAACUCAAAGGCAAUGGUGUUGGAUUAGCAAGACGAAAAAGUGGUGGAGGAACAGUGUACCAUGAUUUGGGCAAUUUGAAUAUCACAUUCUUCAGUAAUCGAUCAUCGUAUGACAGAAAAGAGAAUCUAGCGCUUAUCGUAAAGGCUUUGAAAAACAGAUGGAAAAUUGAUGUACAGGCUACUCCAAGAGAUGACAUAUAUUUAGAAAAUAAAUAUAAAAUAUCAGGAACAUCUUCUAAACUUGGAAGGUUAUCAACCUAUCAUCACUGUACAUUGUUACUUGAUGUAGAUACCAAAAGACUAAAUGAAUUACUUCAACCAACUUAUGAUAAUCUAGCAAGCAAAGCUACAGCCAGCGUACGAGCUGAAGUAAAGAACAUGUGUGAUGUGGAACCCUCGCUUGAAUUUAAUAACGUUGCCAUGGAAAUAGCAUCUGAAUACAGCAUGACAUACACGGGUGACCCAACAGUUAGAUAUCAGAUAUUUGACCCUUCAARUGAAAGGGAUUUUCCAGGAAUUUCUGAGUAUGCAAGGGGAUUGCAAACCUGGCAGUGGAUAUAUGGAAAGACACCAAGGUUCAACGUACCCUUUACAACGACGCUCUCUGCUGGACCCACUACAAUUUCCUUCACGUGUUUUCACGGUAUAAUUGAAGAAAUAGAAAUCCAUUUAGAACACAAGCACUUGGACUCAUUGUUGCAGCAGAUUGCAACUCAACUAAAGGGUGUGCACUUCUCACGAGAAGACGUUUGCAGCAAGUUAAAUGAUCUCAAUAAUUCAUUUUCACGUUCACACCUGGAACAAUUAUUUACCAGUGAAUUACUUCAUUGGAUGAAUCAGGUUUUGUUCUAAAAACGUUUCCCUUUUCAUGUAAGUAUGAAAUUAGGAGACCUGCGAACUUUGGCUUCUUUUCUUUUCUUUUUAAUUUAAUUUCAAAUUUAAUUUUAUUAUUAUUUGCUGGAAAUUGGUCAAUUAUUACUUGACCCAACCUCUGGCGCAGAGAAUCAUGAGACUAGAUAGGGAACGCAAGAUUGAAUCCAAUCUUGUAACCCACCCAUCCAAUCCCAAUAGUCCCCUUCACAGUUCCCUGCGCCAUCUUGAAAGGUAGCCGUACCUUUGCAUCGAAGCGAGACGAACGGUGAGCUUGCAAUGAUAGAGACGAACUUAAGAUCUCUAUAGGAUGCAAGCAUACGGUUUUUUGGGUUUUAGACAUGAAUUAUAUCCUGGCUAUAAGAAGUUACGUGUCCUGCUUUUCCCAAGGCUUCUCUCUUAAUUCGCCAAUCUCCGUGUUAUUUAUAUCUGCACACAAAAAUAAAAUAACAUUACACAAUAAUUGCCUUACUUCACUAUGACGUCACAUCAAAACCAUAUUCAACAAUCUAUUGUUUAAACGCAAAGG